CGGUUCCUACUGCGGCUGGGCACCGGCUGGGCUCCCGCGUCGGCCCCGCGUUUCAAGCUUGCGCCCGGCCUAGCCUCAACCCGGCUUGGCCCGGCCCGGGCCUCAGAACGAAGGCGCCGCUGCCGCUGGGCCUCUCGCAGGGCCAUGAGGAAGCGGCGGCAGCCCCUGUGGCCCGCGUCAAGGUGACCAGCCGGGACUGCGGCGGUGAGAGAGGCGGCAGGUUAUGUCACCAGCAGAGGUGGCACCGAAGCUCCCAGAGGCCUGGAGACUAUGUACAAGAGGAAUGGUCUGAUGGCUAGCGUGUUGGUCACCUCCGCCACUCCGCAGGGCAGCAGCAGCUCAGACUCUCUGGAGGGCCAGAGCUGCGACUAUGCCAGCAAGAGCUACGACGCUGUUGUCUUUGAUGUUCUGAAAGUGACUCCUGAGGAGUUUGCCAGUCAGAUCACACUGAUGGACAUCCCUGUGUUCAAAGCCAUCCAGCCGGAGGAAUUGGCCAGCUGCGGAUGGAGUAAGAAGGAGAAACACAGCCUUGCCCCUAACGUUGUGGCCUUUACCCGGAGGUUCAACCAGGUCAGUUUUUGGGUCGUACGAGAAAUUCUAACAGCACAGACUUUAAAAAUAAGGGCAGAAAUCCUGAGCCAUUUUGUGAAAAUAGCCAAGAAACUUCUAGAACUCAACAACCUUCAUUCUCUCAUGUCUGUGGUAUCAGCAUUACAAAGUGCUCCCAUCUUCAGGCUGACAAAAACCUGGGCUCUUUUGAAUCGUAAAGACAAGACUACUUUUGAGAAACUGGACUACCUGAUGUCCAAGGAAGACAACUACAAGCGGACUCGGGACUACAUCCGAAGUCUGAAGAUGGUACCCAGUAUUCCCUAUCUAGGAAUCUACCUUCUGGAUUUGAUCUACAUUGAUUCUGCAUACCCUGCCUCUGGCAGCAUCAUGGAAAACGAACAAAGAUCCAACCAGAUGAACAACAUCCUCCGGAUCAUUGCUGAUUUGCAAGUUUCCUGCAGCUAUGAUCACCUCACGACCCUGCCACACGUGCAGAAGUACCUGAAGUCUGUGCGCUACAUUGAGGAGCUCCAGAAGUUUGUGGAAGAUGAUAACUACAAGCUGUCACUCAGAAUCGAACCAGGAAGCAGCUCUCCAAGACUGGUCUCUUCCAAGGAAGAUCUUGCAGGCCCCUCUGCUGGCUCCAGCUCGGCCAGGUUCCGCCGGAGGCCCACCUGUCCUGAUACAUCUGUAGCUGGCAGCCUCCCCACGCCACCAGUCCCCAGACACAGGAAGAGCCACAGCCUGGGCAACAAUAUGAUGUGUCAGUUGAGUGUAGUUGAAAGUAAGAGUGCAACAUUCCCAUCGGAGAAGGCCAGGCACCUGCUGGACGACAGCGUCCUAGAGUCCCGCAGCCCCCGCAGGGCUCUCACCCUCGCCUCCUCCACUGCCAUCACCAACGGACUCUCCCUAGGCAGUAGUGAGAGCUCAGAGUUUAGUGAAGAGAUGUCUGCAGGGCUGGAAAGCAGGGGACGUCUCUACGCCACACUGGGGCCCAACUGGCGGGUUCCAGUUCGGAGUUCUCCCAGAACUCGGAGCUGUGUCUACAGCCCCACGAGCCCUUGCACCUGUACUGUGGGCAGCUCGGCCACUGUGCCCACGAUGGAGGGACCUCUGAGACGGAAAACCUUGCUCAAGGAAGGCCGGAAGCCUGCACUGUCCUCGUGGACUAGGUACUGGGUCGUGCUCUCAGGAUCCACCCUCCUAUACUACGGAGCCAAGUCCUUGCGGGGCACAGACAGAAAACACUAUAAAUCUACACCUGGCAAGAAGGUCUCCAUCAUAGGCUGGAUGGUGCAGCUGCCUGAUGACCCAGAGCACCCGGAUAUCUUCCAGCUGAAUAACCCCGACAAAGGCAAUGUUUACAAGUUCCAGACCGGCUCCCGGUUUCACGCGAUACUGUGGCACAAGCACUUGGAUGAUGCGUGUAAAAGCAACAGGCCUCAGGUACCUGCAAACCUUAUGUCAUUUGAAUAAGUACCUGCAGGACUUGGCGUGACUUCAAAGGCUCCUGGGAGCCUGGACUAGGUCUGGUGGAGGAGAGCAGCUCUGGGCAUAAGCUGUGGGCCAAAGCACUGGAGCCUCAUAGCUGGACUCGAGGAACAUGGCCUGCAGCCUCACAGUCCUGGAUGGCUCCCCAGUGUGAGAUCCACCUGUCAACCCACAGCAACUCUCAUGACUCAUCCUGCAGCUCCACCCCACGGGGGGUUGUCAGACCCCAAACUGCGCACCCUACGCCCCCUCUCUGGGCCAUCGUCUGUCCACCAGCUGCUUCUGCACCAAGGGAGCAUCUGACCCACGCUGGGUUCUCCAUGCUUUCUGCUGCACACAGAGUGGAUGGCGUUAACCUUCAGAGGGCUGGAGAGUGGAGACGGCUGCUGGACAGGCUGCUUACACCCCAAGUGCACGGGCCGCUCAACCAGAGCCGCCUCAGAUUUUGUAUACCCCAAAAGCAUCCUCUGCGUGUGCGUGCCAUACAUGUGUGUGUGUGAGCGAGUGAGUGUGAGCUCUCUGAGAAACAUACAUUUUGGCACAAGACUUGUGACAUCACACACUUACUGGCUUUGAGGCCCUGCUUGAAGCUUUAGUUCCAGCCUUGUCCUCUAGGAAAAGUCUGAAGGGAGUCCAGAAGCUCCAUGUUAACGGUCCCUUGAGUUCUUUUACUGUAAACAAACAAUGCCUUAAAUCGUGUCUUGUUUUCUGUUCUAUGGGUGCUAUUCAUCUGGAUGGCCUGUUCCCUGGGCCCCAGGCCCUCCUAGGUCUUGUCGUUGUCAGCCUGAGGCAGAAUCAGUCUCAGGACUGUGGACUGGGCACGGGCCUGCUUGCUCCCUCCAUGAGCUCCCCUGGGGGGCCUACAGCCUUUCUCAUCUCGCCCACUCCCACCACGCUGAUGUGGGAAGUUGUGGCCUUUCUCCCAGCAGCGUGGAGCCCCCCCAGUGAUCAGUGGUCAGUCAUAUAGGAGCUCCACCACCCCAGAUUCUCCCACAGGGCAGAACUUUGCUCCUGUCUUCUCAUCCUUUACCACCACUGCCAGGGCCGGCCACAACGAUUCCUGAUCACACAGGGAGCUGAGUGACAUGGAGGCCUUAAGCCCCCUCAGUCUUGCCCCUAAAUGUAGUCACCAGCAUGUUCUCCAAGUCCAAGGGCCCAGUUGUUGAUGGCCAGGUGACAAGACAGCCAUGUCCUAGGGAGUAAGAUCUCCAGCUCUGUAUUCAUGGACAAGGACCUAUAUCCAUCCUUUUGUCAUCCAUAAGGCGACUCCCAUUUUGCACAUUUUAAUUCAAGCCCUUUAUCAUCAUAGAUGCCCUUUGUCCCUUUUCCUCUUCCUCCUUGAUCUGGGUACUCUAACCUGGGGAGCAAACCCUCAAACAAUUUUCUGGAAAAGGCUGAAUUUCUGAGUCCUUCUGGGUAUCAGGGUUUUACACAGUAACCAAUUAUCAAACCAUCCAAAAGAACUUCCAACAAUAAUCAAGAAGUUUCAAACAACAUCAUAACCAUGAACUAACCACCAGAAAACCCACCACUGUAUUACAACCAAAUGGUGACACCUCUCUAAGAAUGUUAAUGACUUGGUAGGGCAAGUUGUUGUUACCAUGGCGGUCCAUUUUGGUCAAGCCUUGCUGAUUCUGAAGCUAAACGUCCUGUGAACAGAGCCUGGAUAUUUUCAUGCCAAGAGAAGCUCCAGGUGGUAAAGUCAAUGCCAUCAAAACUUGACCACAGCUGCCUUGCAUAUCUAUCCACACCAGGGGUCCAGGUGUGUUCACCAGAUUCUACCAACAUCUCUUCCAGUUAGAAUCUAGGAGAAUGACAAUACCAAACCCUGCAGACACCUCCGACCAGAACCACGCCAUGGUCACACUUUAACCUACAUCAACCCUGAGUCUGCCUGUUAACUUCUAAAAAGUCAGAAGCCUGGAUGAAAUUGCAAGACCAGAGCAUCAGCUACUGGUUUCUUGUAGGCCUCUCCACUCUUCAGCUUCUUUUGGGUUUUCACACAUGAAAUACCAGACAUCAAAAGCCCCAGAAUUUCAGUCUCCACUCAGAUAACUUUCUGCCCUUUACAGAUCUGUCUUACCCAACACAAGUGUUUUCUUUUGGGCCUAAUCUGAAAGAGCACAAUCACAAUUAUUUUCAAAGUGUCUAAUCUCCUCCCUGAUUGAAAACCAGACUUCCCUCCCAGAAGCACCCUCACCAUGGACUCUUGAAGAAACUGUUUGGACUUCGUUAGUAAAAAACCUUGAAGGACUCUGGAGAGCCUUGAAGGUGACAGAAGAGCUCUGGAGAUAGAGUUAAAAGAUUUGAUUCUCAAGCAAGGCCAUUCAGUGCUGGUGGCCCCAGUGCUGGCUUGUCCCACAGGCUGCAGGGGAGGUGGCCAGGUCAAGUGACAGAGGCAGAAGUCCUUUGGUGGACUCUUAGCCUUGGAGGAGGCAGUUCUGUAGUUUGCUCGACUGUCCAUAGUAGACAAAUACUAUGGAGCUGCUGGAGUUGUUAAGUCACACACUGUCAUGCAGACAGACGUGGCACCCCCAAAGUGGGAGCUGUAGAAUGCUGUCGAGAAGCUGGGAGGGACAGCUGGGGGUAUUGUCACGUUCCAAGAACCACUCACUCACGAUGGGAGUAACUUCUGUCCUUUUCCAGUGUAUGAGUUUUGUAGCUCAAGGUCAGCCAAGUGCAUCCUGGCAAGCAGAAUGCCUUGUGGAGACUAGAUUUGGUGGAAAGCAGCAGAAACAUGGCCCUAAACGUGCCACUGAGAGAGUGUGGUCCCUCCCCCUCCCCUUCCCAGACCAGAUUCCAUGGGGCACUUGCCAGACUGGGAUGCUGAGCGAGUGGACACAACAGAAUUGUUGAAGGACCUGCCUUGUCUUGCCGGUCGGGUCUCUCUGUUUGUCCUUCUUACCAAGAUGGCCAGUGUUUCUCCCAUCACUUUACCUCCCAAGCCUAAGAAAAGUGGUUUGUUUUAUAUCACUUUUCAGAUAGAAACUGAUCUGUAAAACUGGGAAGCCAUUUAUAAGCCAAGGCUGCUUUAUUCUUCAAGUGGGUUCCAGAGCUCUGCACCAACAUUGUGGAUGCUUGCAACCGCUAUUGAAUAUUGCGAAAACCACAGCCUCCCUUUUGUGUGACCCUUAAAUUGGCCCUAUGUCAUAUUGAUAUGUUGGGUGAUUUCAUGUUAUAAAAAUGAAGAAAAAACACAGCAGAAACCCCCUUUGAAAUUGUAUUUAUUGCAUAAACAUUCAUUCAUAUCUUCCUGUACACCAGGCUCUACCCAGAAUGAAAAUGGCUAGAAACAAGACAAAUCCAAUUUUGGCCCUUUGUAGAACUUACCAGUCAGUGAACAAAUAAUCCCCACCUCACACACCAGCUUUGGCAAGACUCUGCUCUCCACUACCCCAGAAUACAAAUCCUGUGCAUUGGUUCUUCUAGAAAAGACUUCAGAAGGCCCAAACAAACUGCAUGGGAUUUCUGUGAGAGUCAGAUGCAUUGAGGACUAGCUGGAGUACCACCUCCCGUACUGGAGGCUAACUGGCUCUGAGCAGCCAGGUACAGAGCUGUGUUCAAGAAUGGUUACGGGAGAACCCCAAAAGAGCAGAGUGAGAGUAGGGUCUGAAUGCUUGCAGUAUUCACGGGUUCCCCGCUUCUAGUCUUUAACUUCAGUGUUAAGUUCAAACACAGUGGGAGCCACAUGUCCUUGGGAGCUGAGAACUUGGACUUGGACUUCCAUCCACCUUGUAACCUGCUGCUGCUCAAGUAUGUGUCCCGUGGACAGCCCCAAAUUCCCACUCAGAGCAGCAAGGUGAUAGAUCAUCUGCCUACUUUGGAAGGACUGUGACCAUUAUUCAGUAAUUAAAUAAUAGUAAUUCAUUUAUUAGUGAGGUAUAAUCUUUAAUAAAUUUUGUGCCAAAAUGCAUGGUUUCCCACUUAGCAUUGAAAAUGUUGCAUAGAGAGUAGUUUUCAGUUUCUUUAUGUGUUCUUCCAAGUAAACUGGAAAUGAGUUUCUACAUCUUAGUUUGUUUCUUGUUAAAUAUGCUGCAUCCUCCCAAGCUGUCUUUCCCCCAGCAGACCCUGCAUGCAGUUGUGUAAGGACUUUCUCUGCUGUCUGUAAACUGUCUCAUCUGCAAUAACCACUGAACAUCAUCCCUCCUUGGGAUUCUUUAGAUUUUUGGUGAAGUAUUUUGUUACCUCAGUCUUGUAUCAAGUUGCUGUAUUUUUCAGCUUGUUACACUGAUAAUAACUGUUUCACUAAUUAAAUACUUUAAUGUACAGACAUAUUUGUUUACUUUGAAAUUAAAUGUGUUUUCCAAUGAA